UGAGGAAAUUGAAUUUGAAUAGCCAUAUAGAUACAUCAGGCUUGGCAAUGGUGGUUAUAUCAUGAACCAUCACAGAAGAAUGGACGGCAGGUAGUGUUAAAGCUAGUGGUUGAUGUUUGGCCAGUAAUUGAAAUAGCUGGUUCAAAUUCCAGAGCCCACAAUGUGAGAAUUAUUUUUUAUGCUGUUAGGUAGGGCGCUUAAACCAAAUUGUUCCUAUAAAUCGCUUUUGAUCAUCAUCAGUGGCAUCGGACCAGUGGGGAAAAGGGGUACUAAGUAUAUAGGGCCCUAACGUGUAGAGGGGCCCUUGAAUGUUGAAUGUUUGAAUCUUGAAUAAAGAGGGGAGAGGUUCUCAGGGACCGCCUAUGUACAGGGCCCAGAGUUUUGUGCUACACCCGUGUGGAUCAUAGUCCGUAAAUGGACUAAAAUGAAACCGGACCACUGGGCACUGGACAUUUGAAGAUGUUGCCAAACAAAACAGGAUGUCCGAUGGUACAUCAGUGACUUUAGUGUCAACUGCGUGAGGUCAUGGCUGGUAUACUGGGUUUGUGCGGUUCAAAACCAUUAGCCUACUAACAUGAUUAUACUAAUCUCUAGUUUUGGCAACGGUCGUACACUCGCGCAUGCGCAAAAUGCUCACAAUGGGCCGCCGUUUUAAACCAGGUUGAUCUUUCGGAAGCUGCAGUAUAGUAAUCUAAAUAGCGGCUAUUUGUCGUUUUUUCGGGGAGUUCGAAUGUAUUUUUCAGUCAUUACAACUUAUAUUGAUCUAACUGAACAAGCGAUUGAUUAUAAUUAUUCUGUCAAAUUCUCCCAUGUUGCACUGCCAAAUUAUGCCUCUAGAGCGAUGUGCACUGAAGUUUCAUGUUCUUGCUAGCUAAGAUAUUGAACAUGUCCAACAGUUGCCUUGGCGACUAUUUCUAAUCGUUAAAUUAACACAGAAUGUAUUAAAAUAGACACACUGGUCGGUGUGCUAGUCUGACUAAAGAUGACAUCCUUUCGAAAAUGGUACCCGAAUCUUGCCGUGGUCGCACAUGUCCAAGUUGGUCAAGAUGAGGGGGUUGUCGUGCAGAGAGAGGUCACAAGCAAAGGCAAGCUACCUGGAGAGCAUGGUGACAGGGUCCGGGGCCCUCAUUUCCGAGGAGGCCGUAAGGUUCAGUGCUCCUUCCAGGGCCGAGAAUAUGAUGAUCCGGCCAGGCGGCAGAGGCCUCGGGGGAGUCCUGGACCUGAACAUCUGGUCCACUUUGAGGAUAACAUUGUGGACGUAUCUGUAAACAACAUCAGGUCACAGGAUGGUAGCUGGCAACGCAGAUUUGACCCUUACAGUUGGGCAAAUCAGAGAGGUGACUGGCGUUUUGACCGUGAAAGAAGAGGAGCUGGGGACUAUGCAGGAGGAGGAAGAACCAAGGACAGUUGGUACAAGAUGACUAUUCCCUAUGGAAAGAAGUACAAUAAGAAAUGGCUGCUGACGGCUUUACAGAACAAGUGCUCUGUACCAUUCAAACCAGUGCACUACCAGACUGAGGGACAUAAAGCUCAGUUCUACCUGGAGGAUGCCUUCACGGCUCAUGCUCUCGUCAGGGCCUCUCGCCAAAUCACUGACAGUGAGGGCUACAAGGUGUUAGUGCUGAUGAACCCAUGUCCUCCUCCCUCCAUCCUCAACACCGAACUAAAGCCUCAGGACACUGCGUGGCUAAAGCAGUGCAUGGCCAAGCGUUUUGACAGCUCCCAGCGAACACUGGACCUAAACCAACUGCGUUCAGAUCCAGACCUGGUAUCUCAGAACGUUUGCCCCAUCUUGAGCAGAAAGAUCUUUAUGGAUGCUGUGGUCAAGAUCAUCGAGGAGAACAUUCCUGAGUUGGUGCAUCUGAACCUGAGCAAUAACAAGCUUUACCAGCUGGAUAGUCUGGCAGAUCUGAUUACCAGUGCCCCUCAUCUGAAGGCCCUUAACCUCUCCCACAACCAGUUGAAAACAGAAAAGGUGCUGGAUAGGUUGAAGGGGUUAAAGCUUGUGGACCUGUGGUUGGAGCAUAACCCACUUUGUGAUCAGUUUAAGGACCAGCCUUCCUACAUCAGUGCUGUCAGGGAGAGGUUUCCCCAGCUGGUGAAACUGGAUGGUUAUGACCUACCCCUACCCAUAGUCUUUGAUGUGGUAGCAACCUCCACCAUUCCCCCUUGCAAGGGCAGCUACUUCGGUUCAGAAGAAAUCAUGUUCCUCAUAUUGCAUUUCUUGCAACAGUACUUCAGUGUGUAUGACUCUGGGGACAGACAGCCUCUACUGAAUGCCUACCAUGAUGGGGCAACUUUCUCACUCAGCCAGCCCUCAAGCCAGAGCCUGAGCAGGUGUCUUUUGAGAGAGUACCAUAAAGACAGCCGGAACCUGAAGCAUCUCAAAGAUCCAUCAACACGGUUCCGCUUGCUGAAGCACACAAGGCUAAAUGUGGUGGCAUUGCUCAACAAGCUGCCUAAGACUCAGCAUGACAUAGCCUCCUUUAACAUCGAUGUCAACACACACACGUCCAUGUUACUAUCCUUUACGGUCAGUGGAGUUUUCAAAGAAGUUGAAGGUGCAUUUCAAGACGGAGUAAGGGCCUUUUCUCGGGUUUUCAUUGCAGUUCCUGCUGGGAACUCUGGUCUUUGCAUAGUGAACGAUCAGCUUUUUGUGCGCAUUGCAACAAUGGAGGAGAUUUGCAGUGCAUUUGCUACUCCCGCACCCACGCCCUCAAGCAGCCUAGUGCCUGCCCUCUCCACCCCCAAACAGGAGAUGCUUUCCACCUUCUCACUCAAGUCUGGCAUGAACCUUGAAUGGUCGCAGAAGUGUCUUCAGGACAAUAACUGGGAUUUCAACAUAGCUGCACAGAUCUUCACACAACUAAAGAAUUGAAGCAACUACACCAGGAGAACUCCAGAGGCACUACACUUCAAUUUGCAAACCACUGGUUAGCAUCAAACAGAAUGGCCUUGCAGUUAGGUGGCAGUUUGUAGAGACCUAAAAUAAAAAAUUACUGUGGACAGGUGAGACCAAAAUGAUCAUGUACCAGAAUGAUGCCAAGUGGAAAAUGAAGAAAAAAGGAACUGCCAACGAUCCACAGCAUACCACCUCAUCUGAGAAAUGAAAGGAGUGUUACACAUGCAUGCUUGCAUAUAACAAGCAUGGUAACACUGGAACUGGCACAUUUGUUUUCAUUGAUCUUGUAACUGCUGCAUGUCUGCUAAAGUACAAGCAAAUGCCUCCAAACUCAUUGGAUGGCACUUCAUCAUAGAGAAAGACAAUGUGCCCAAACAUUGCAAUAGAAAGUAUAGAGUUCAGGGAUAAAGUCACUGCUUUCACAGCUGUGUCAUUGCAAAACCAGGGUUUGAAUCCUGCUCUCAGAUUAGCCCCCGAAGGGCAAUCCAAUUGGCAAGCACCAAGUUAGACAACAUGUAAGAGUAUAAAAAUCUACUUUUCUGUUGGUAGGAUUCAGAAUACUUUGUACAUUACCAUAUAAUUUUAUUAAUUUAAAAUUAUGAUUUAAAGGCUUGAUUAAAUAUGUUAAUAUUCAGAGUUUAACUUUUUUCUC